GCUCCUCGAAUAGCUUCAACGAUUUCAUACGGCAUCAAUCCUUCCCCUUCGUUAGUCCUAGAAUCUUCUUCAUCAGCCAUAACAACAGAACCUCCAUGUCUGGAUGGAUUCGAUUGCAACGGUAAGUUAACAACUUCUUCUCUAUGAAACCCAUAUUUGGAAGAUGCGAGCAAUAUACCAUCGAUUCGAUGGUAUAUUUAAGCAAUAGACCACACUUUCUAUGGGUUUACCGGCGUGAUAACCCACUUGGGAUGUUGGGAGAACACGAGAAAAGCUUGUAAAUCACGAGCCGAAGGCGAGUGAUUUACAAGCUUUUCGAGUGUUCUCCCAACAUCCCAAGUGGGUUAUCACGCCGGUAAACCCAUAGAAAGUGUGGUCUAUUGCGUUUAUAAAAUAACUUUUCGUAGAAUGGAGUCUUUUAGGUAAAAAAUAUGGUUCUAGUACCGUGAUCAAGUCACGUCUUCUCUCUAAAGUCAUCGUACGCCAAUCAUGACUCACGAUUUAACAGCGUUGAACUUUCUCAAAACUCAGUUCAGUCAAACAACAAACAGCAGCACUUCAAAACACGAGUUUUUGCACUCAUUACACGAUAACUUAUGAAAGCUGUUUUACAGGAAAAGUCAACACAUAUUCAUGCGAACGUACAAUGAAAGAAUACGUUCAUGGUUUGUUUACUACAGAAGUAGAAAUUAAUUGAACAUCAGACUGUACGCAGCCGUAUUUUGUUGAGUCGAUCCGUAAGAAUUUCGUUAUUACAGACGGAACUGACAGCUAUUGUAAUGGAGGACUUCAUUCACUUUUUAUAAAGUAAAAAGCAGUGGUUUAAGAUCUGUUUUCUGGACUUUAUUAUGAUCAAGAAAUGCUGCGGUAACGACGUGGCUGCAUUUGCGAAGUUGUCGCAUGUAACUUUGUAUGCACGUACAGCGACCGAUGGAAAUAUGUCAGUGGUGGAGAAAGGUUUCUUUGUCGUAGCCACAUAUUGACGUUAAUAUUUGUCGAUUCGUGAAGUCAGGUGGUUCAUGAGGUAGGUUAUGGCAUCGAUAUCACCGCAUAAUUUGUGCAAAUGUUGGAAAAAACCAGCCCGAAACUCUGACAUCUUUCAUCAUCCUUGGCAGCUUGUUUACAACCUACAGCGGCCGAUUUUGUACCAUAUCUUGAUCAGGGAUGUCUUUUUUGAACAAGUUCUUUCAUUAAGAAAUUUACUUUUGAUAUAAAAUAAAUCAAGAAUGCUAAAACUAUCCGUUUUGUUGCUGGUUGGCAAAUGGUUAAGUUUUCCUAGAGACUUUCUACACCAGAAAUUCACACAGUUGUUGGCUUUCUCUGCGAUUUGGCAUCGUCGUGAAAUGUAAACUGUUUUCCAGCUUUGUACUUUAUAACUUCUAAAGCUAUGGCAGUAGCGAAUUGUGACGCUCAGUAAUAAAAUGUGGAAACCAACGCUUUUAAUAUUAAGAAGGGCUGGGUAAGUAACUUGUUCUGUUUUUUAGCCUUUCUAAAGUCGUUGUCGGUUUUGUUUAUGGCUCGUGGUCUGGAUGCCUUUUUCUAUGGGUUUACCGGUAUAAUAAACCAUAGGUUUUUGACCAAUCAGAUCACGCGUACUAUCUCAGUUAUUUUAUAAUUGGGCGGAAAUGAGGUCCAUCGAUGGAAUAUUUGCCUGGAAAUGAGACCGCUCGGGUAAUAGUGAACUAAAAAAUGGCGUUCACAGCUAUCCGAAGUUGAAAAUGCUGAAUUUCUGACUAAAACUUAACGAAAGAAACGUAAGAAUACGCAAAUCAUAUAGCUCGAUGAAUGUUAUCUACUUUUUGAGGAGUGUCUGAAAGAAAAGAAAUAGAGUAAAGUUUAGAAAAAAUAAACGUCUACGAGGCAGUAGCUUGUUAAGAACAAAGAAAUAUUUUGAAUGGAUGAUGCUAAUCUCGGAGGAUGUUAUCCACCUUGGCCUCCGUCCUUGGUGGAUAAUAUUCUCCUGGAUCUGCUUAAUUCUUCACAUCAUACUCAGCCUCAAUAAUUGGUAAAAAAAAAUAUCCAAUCGAUGAUCUAUUGCCCACAUCAUCUAAAUAUGGUUAGCCCCGGAUGUUAUGAAGAAUUAGACAGGGGGAUAUAAUCCAAUUUUAAACCGCGAAAAAUCAUGAAAGAAUAAUAGAUAACUAUUCUGACUGCCAUCAUACUUUGUAAUUUCAAACAAGGUGACUGCGGUGGAGGAGCAUAUCUGGAUUGCGAGGUCUGCAUUGAGGUGAGAUUUAAUUUGGGUUGAAUAACAAUUAUUCACCGAAUUGGAGGUGAGCCGCGAAGCGGCGAGGUAAAUACCCAUGCACCACUAGCCACCGACACAAGGGGGCGAUAAUUGUUUUAGAAUAUACUAAAACAGUGAGAUAAUUGAGCACAAAAAUGAUGAUUUUUAACUCAUUUGUUGUUGCCAACGAUUUCAAUUUUGGCGCGCAAUGACCGAACGGCCGUGGUGGUCGCUUUUUCUUGCCGGCCGACAAAUAAAACUUUUGAAGGCAUUUGUUUAGCUCUUGCGGGGAGAUUUUUUCAGAAUUAGUUGUGAAUUCUUUUUGUAUUUAAAAUCAUUCUCAAAAAAGAUUAUUAAAUUCAGUUUUAAGCUUAUCUUUAACAUGAACAAGUCAACUAAAUAAAGUAACGCAAGAAUUAAGCUUAAUUUACAUUUUUAAAUAAGGACCUUUUUCAAUAGUUUCAACGAUAAAUUCAAGUCAAGAAAACAAAGCUUUACCUGUUAAAACUUCUAAACCGAACUUCGUCACCUUCUUCGUGUAUUUCGGGAACAGCUUGGUUGAUUAUUUGUGAAAUUUCUUUGUUUGUUACGACGGUAGCAAACCGGGAGGUCAUUUUGACUGCAACUUGAAACGCGAGUUUGGCGUCGAUCGCGCGGAGGAACUGGAGGUGAAUCAGUGAAUAGCAAUGGCUAUUCACUGAUUGAGUAGCCAAUCAGAGCGCGCGAAAAACACUAUCCAGUGUUUUAGUAUAUACUAAAAUCGUAUAUACAUGGCAUAACAAAAUUAAUCUAAUCGUUAACUUUUUGAGUUAGCUUUCCUGCUAACAUCUCCAAGCUAGCCAAUUGAAUAAGUCAUCUUAGCUACAUCUCAGCCCACUCUAUUUUUCUGUUACUUCUUCUUCCCUUCUCAAUGUUGAGUCCCACAAUACUUGAACUAAUCCAGGCGUGAUAGAUAGAUCACCCUAUGUAAGGUAGUCAGAAUUCCGGAAUCCGGAAAAUUUCUGCUUUUAAAUCCGGAAUCCUUGGCUUGGAAUCCAGAGUUUCAGCUCAGGGAAUCCAGAAUUCCGCUAACGAAUGAAAUCCGGAAUCCAAAGCUUGGAAUCCAGAUUCCAAGACUGUUUUUGUAUCGUUUUACAUGGGGCGAGAUAGAUUUCUUUUACGUACCAAAUAGUUCAUGGUUAAUUGUAAGGUUAAUACCUAGUUUUAUUUCUUCUUUAGGGUAAUACAGGUGUUUCUUCAUUACGAGACUGCAACGGCAUCUGUAAUGGGACCGCUCAAAAUGCCACAUGUGGAGUCUGCCUCAUGCCAGGGGCUGUGAACCCUGCCUUGGAUUGUAACAACGACUGUCGCGGAACCGCAACUGAAGAUGAAUGCGGUGUUUGCACUGGGGGAAGUACCGGUCUAAUGGCUAACUACCUAAAGGAUGCCUGUGGUAGGCCUCCCAAAGCUUUUUUUAACCAAUGUUAUUUUUAUUAAGGCUAGCUUUAGACAAUGUAACUUAUUAUGCUAAAAAUGAUAUAUCUGAGAGUGCGCAAGACUCAUUCCUCGUCUCCCAUUUUCAAAAUGAGAAUGCCAAUAUCGCAUUCAACAUUGCAUGAAACAUUGGAAAGGAGGAGUGCGGUUAUAAAAACCUUUUAUUUGUGAGAAUUUUACCACCGAGGCGCACUGAAGUUCGUACAUCGAGAGGGCACUUCCUAGGUCUAAGAUAGGGAACGGUUUUGUGUUGCAUUGGGUGUGGAUCGUAGAAGACGCAACCUCUGCCUUUAUUCUGCCGUGUUUUGAAAAGCCGGCUUUGAUUACUUUGAAUUCCUGAAUGUAAAGGAUAGCAUUGGGUUCGGGGUUGCUGUGGACAUGCAUUAGAGUUUGCUUACUGCAGCAUGUGGCAAUGAAUAUUGGGACAGGCCAUACAGGCUAUGCAAAAGGGAACAGGAAAUCGCAUAUUUGAGUCUAAAGUGGUGUACGCAAAACCAUGGAAGUCAUGAAACGCGGAGCAUAAAAUCAUUUAAUGAUUUUAUAUGGCCGAAAGGCCAUUCAGUUUUCCAUCACUGAAUUCGACCACUCGGACCUUGGUCGGAAAAUCAGCAGGGCACUAAAGAAUCUCCUCAAGAGUUUAGUAAACUUUAUCUCUCUAUCAAAAGUCGUUCGCGCUUCCGAAUGAUAUGUGUCGCAGCCACCAGACUGAUAGUCCAAAAUGAAUCAGUGUACUUGUCAUAAAAUAGUGUAAAAAGGUUCAAUAGGAACAUUUUUAACGGGUUCCCCUGUAGCCCAGAUCUUGGAGGCAUUCGACGGAAUAUUCCAAUAAAUCUUCUUUAGCAUUACUUUUUCGUGAUUUCAUUUGAUUUUGGUAUCUAAGGAAAAUCGAAGAACAUGGAUUUGUCCUAAGUCCCUUGCCAGAGGUAGAAUUUUUUCAAUGAAAAGUAAUCUUUAUAUCAGUGAUGUCACUGGUGCAUUGCAAUCAUAUGAUUACUGUACAUAACUACCCGCUGUUCCCGCGCCUAUUUCUUGAAUACUUAUUGAUGUUUUAGGUGUAUGCAAUGGAACUAAUGCGACGUGCGCGGGGUGUGAUGGCGUACCACACAGUGGUAAGGAAUUUGAUGCAUGCCGUGAGUGCGAUGGCGAUGGCUCAACUUGCACCGACAUCAUGAAAACUGAACCGAAGACCAUCUCAAGCUGCCAUCCUAAUGUUUUGGUAUUUGGUGCUGGUCUUAAUACUGGUGAUCACACAUUAUGCGUGUUAUACAACGACACUAGCGGGGAAAUGGUAGUCAACACCACAGGUAAUACAAACCCUUGACAUAAGCUUAUCAGUGCAGACAAUGCGAAAAGCGACUUGCUUUGUUACGUAGGUUGAUAAGAUGAACACAGAGUGGACUAUGAAUUUAAAAAAAAAGAUAAAUGAAGUGCUGAGCCUGUUUCACUAGCUGUAAUUCAUUGUGUUCACCAUUGUCAAAGUUGCAUAGCAAUAGAGAUUAAGAGUCACGUUUACGGCAAAACGACAAACUCAAGCUGACAAUUUCUUAAAAUAGAAAAUGAGGAGAUAAAAACGGUCUAAAAAAUUCUUAUGAACGAAAAUUGCGUGAAACUAAUUUUUUUAUAUAAAGUGUUGUGAAGUAUUUUGAAAGUUAUUUUUAAUACGGAUUUAUCUUAUAUUUUAAGUUUAGUUUUUGUUUCAUUAAGUCUUGUUUUUGUCCAAGUACUGUUUUCCUGUUUCGAUCUUUUGUUUUUACUUGUACUUGAAUUUAUGCUUAGCUCACGAAUUUACUUAUUGCCAUAUUAGGAAUUUUAUUCGCUUAGAACUGCCAGAUGUUAGUUUUCAGGUGGUCGUGUUUGUGGUGUUAGAGCUGACCUUCGUUCUUUGGUACUUAUCAGUUGCGGCUGUGUGUAGGCUAGUCUAUUCCCUAACAAUAGCAAACCUGUUGCAAUGUUAGCGAUAACAUAUACAAUAGAAACUCUUCCGGUCAGCUAACCCAAACAUGUCCAGCUUUGGCUUUUAAAACCGCUACUAUACUUGAACUAGUGGGAGAAGUAGAGUAGAAGUAGGAGAAGUAGAGUAAGUAGAAGUUGCAAGAAGAUUAAGAAGAAUAAGGGCCAAGAUGUAAAUCAGAUUCCUGGUACCUCACUGUGUAGCAAGCGAGUUGCUCGAAUACACCCCCACAUAUUUUCGUGGAGAACCCGGGCAACGAUCCCGGUACCUCUCGCAAAAAGGUUUAAGACAAGUAAGGGGAAAACUUGGUCACGUGGCACAAUUAACUAUUGCCAUUUACCGUACAGGUGACUCCCUAUUUAGUGUGUAUUGCCUUCGAAACCUGAAAACCCGCUCAACCAUAUGCAGCAAAAGGUUAAAAGGUCCUUAAAAUAUUACCACCCUGACCACAUUCCGAUCCUAGCGGGAGAAAUGAGAAAUGGAUGCAGAAAAUGUUUCAGCACAUGUUCACUUCUGUGAAAAACCACAUUAGCGUCUGUCGAUCAGACAGCAUUGAGAAAUCUUGCUGUUCUAGCUGUUGCAUUUCUUACAAGAAAUAUCGCCAAGAUAGCUACAAGACCUUCAGAGCGAGCAUACACUCUCCCCUUCCUAGAACAACAUAACACAAACUAGGAAGAAUAAAUCCAAAUAAAUUCUUGAUCCGUCUGCAGAUCCUUUUAGAUAGUAGAACUUCAGAACGGGUAUACACUUCCUCCUUCCUAGAACAACACAACGGAAACUAGUUCAAAAAAGGAAGAACCGAUCCAAAUAAACACUUAGCCUGUCAGCCAAUCAUAGAUCUGUUUACUAAGUAAAAUCACCAAUCAAAUGAAUUCUUGCAGUCUACGUUAAGUGCAUCUAAAUAAGCUUUAUUUUAACCCUUUGACUCUCAAGAUAGUAACUCUCCUUUCUGACUUGCUAUACAAUUUAUUGUACAUUGGUUAAGAGAAUUUGGGUUUAUAUCAAUAGCGCUUCCUCGAGCUGAUACAAUUGCCUAUUCUCAUCAUCUUUCUGCUGGACAAUGUAUUGAUAUUAUUAGGUAAGGUUAAUUAGAUGCUGAUCAAAUUACUUCUGGGAGUUAAAGGGGAAGGUGCGGUUUCAACAUAUGACAUUAAAGAAGUUUCAUUUCUGUUUCAGCAACUUCAACAAAUCUCACGCAUGCGCAAUGUGAAUUUCAACCAUGGGCUGAUUAUAUUCCUGGCAGGUAUAACCUAUCUGUUAUAAUAACACAGAGUGGUCAAGCAGACGUUAAAACCAACACAUCUCUUCAGAUUUAUUACUACAAUUGUACAGAUCUCUCGCUGACGGGUGUCGUACCAAACGAAGUUCUUCUGGAUGAGCUUCCUCGAUACGUCACCCUAGAAGGCAGCGGUUUCUUCGACUGGGAAGAGACAGUGUGUUAUUUUGGUCCCCAC